AUGGACAAGUACGAGAAGGGGGAGAAGCUGGGCCAGGGUCAAUUUGGUGUGGUGUACAAGGCUCGGCACAAGGAGACGGGUCAGAUAGUGGCCAUAAAGAAGAUCCAUCUCGGCAAUGCCAAAGAGGGCAUCAACAUGACGGCUCUACGAGAGAUCAAGCUCUUGAGGGAGCUCGAGAGCCCCUACAUAGUCCAGCUGCUGGAUGUGUUCCCUCACAAGCGGAACCUCAGUCUGGUGUAUGAGUUUUUGGACAGCGAUCUGGAGUGCUUGAUAAGGGACAGGGCAACUAUUAUAAGUGCUGCCGAUGUCAAGAGCUACAUGCAGAUGCUGCUCAAGGGGCUUGUCUCCUGCCACAAGCACUGGAUCCUCCACCGAGACAUCAAGCCCAACAACUUCCUUAUCUCCAUGUCAGGGGAGAUGAAGCUGGCGGAUUUUGGGCUGGCGCGCAUGUUUGGGCACCCCGAGGACGGCCGAUUCACGAGCCAAGUGUUCACGCGUUGGUACCGCCCUCCAGAGCUGCUCUUCGGAUCCACCUGCUACGGACCUGCCGUCGACAUGUGGGCCGCCGGCUGCGUCUUUGCAGAGCUGCUGCUGCGGCGGGCAUGGUUCCCGGGCGACAGCGAUCUGGAUCAGCUGGGGAAGAUGUUCCAGGCGCUGGGCACUCCCACAGAGGCCAGUUGGCCCGGCUGCACUUCCCUGCCCCAGUACGUGGACUUCCAGCCCACACCCUCAGCCCCACUUCGCAACACCUUCCGCCAGGCGAGCGAGGAUGCACUGGCGCUACUGGCGCAAAUGGUGACGCUGGACCCCUCCAGGAGGAUCAGUGCAGAGGACGCACUGAGCCACGCGUACUUCAGGAACGCGCCGCAGCCGACGCCGCCGGCGCAGCUGCCCAAGCCGCCGGUCCGCGCACACAACCCCCUCAAGCUCGGGCCCAAGGUGCGCACUUGA